GAUCUGUGCUGAUCCGCCAGAUGUGUUGAAGCAUGAAGCUAGUAGUUAAUUUUAAUUCUAAUAGCUUUUUGUUACUACUAGUAAGGCACUUGUUACUACUAGCGUGGCAUGCUUGUGAGACUUGAUGAACUAUGAAAACACAUCAUGUCGAGCCACGGGACCACGCACAAUAUGUUUUGAACCGUGGGAGCCAUCAGGACAUCAUCAGGACUGCCGAUCUAAAAGUACAUGCAUGGAAGGCUCAAGCCUCUUCGGUUCCUGUGUAGAUUCCUCCCAACGUCUACCAUCAACCAGGAUGGGAAACCAGCACGGAACGGUGCGAUGCGAGGGGCCUUCGGCCAAGACUCACCCAACAGCCUUCCCGGAGUACACCAAGCAGGUGCCUCUCACCCCGAAGAUGGAUCAGGACCAAGGCUUCAAGAAGUAUGACGGACCCGCAGGGCCAUUCGCGGCCGAGUUUGACCUGGCAAACCAGCUCAACAUCUUCCCGCUGACCGAAGAACAAUACAAAGAGCACUUCGCAAGUGCAAAGCCCAUCCAUGUGCCUGAGAAGCCUCAGUACUCCUCCAACUGGGAGCGUGCCGUGGCCUACCACCAUGGACUGUACAUGCCAGAGAAGUGUACCACGCCAAAGUCUGCUGACGACAUCCGCCUUGCCGUUGCGGACUUUUCUGCGAAGGUGCAUCAGGAUGCUCCAAAGGAUGCUUGCAAGUAUUUGCAGAUUGAGGAGUUCCGUUGUUUGAACGCCCACCAAUUCCACAACCAGCCGGAAGUCGCAGCCAAGAAAUGCAUGAAGUGGUGGGAUGAGAUUCAGAAAUGCCAGUGGGAUCAAGCCAAGUUCAAUGCCGGAACCACCUACAUUGAAGGUCCACAGAUGCGACGUCGCCGUCCUUAUAUUUUCUACCCAGAUUUCAAGUACGCCUGAGUGAUUUGGUGCACCAUGAGCAGGGUCGACACUACACGGUUUGAUCGGAC